AUGCACCAAGCAAUCGACACACUGAGCACCGUGCUGCUCGACAUCGUGCACCUGCUCUCGGAGCUCAAAGACGUCGUCGCCUUCGUGUCGGCGCUGCCAGACCUACCGCCGGCCCUUCACGCGUUGCUCUCGCUCAGCCGGUCGAUGGACCUCACACGCCACUGGCCGUGCUUGUAUCUGGAGAACUUUCCAGUACGGAUCAUUGACCUCGGCAUCACUGCGCUGCCCGCCUUUCCGCACGUGUCUGUGGGGCCUGCCACCAAUCUCCGAUGGCUGGCGGCGCCACUGCCUCGAUCGACACGAGUCCGGCUGCCCUUGAGGUCGCGCAACGAUACGUCCCUGGCGUUUGCGCGUGUUUGGGGCGACCGCGUCCGACACGUCUCGGUCACGAAGGGUGCAGAGUUCUCAGCUCAUGUGCACGAGCUACUUGACUUGUGCCACUACGUCGAGCACGCCAUCGUCCGCUUGUCCGAUCCAGCCAACGCAGCGCUCUGGAUGUCGGCGCUCGCUCGACCAGCGUUUCCGUUGCGCUCGCUCAGCUUCGAAAUUACGCGCUACAGCUCCGGUCCGGUAGACGAUUGCAUGCCGCUCGCGUGCGCACUCCUCGCAUCGCCAUCGCUUAGGACUCUCAUCCUCAAUGGCGCGGACGACGUUCACGCGGCUCUGGCUGCCUUGGACGGCGAUCUACAUAGCGUCAAGACCUUCCACUCGUCGAGCGAGGCCCCUGAGGCGAAGGUCCAGACACUAUUGGACAAGCUGGACCCUGCACGCGUCGUCGAGCUACACGUCUCGCAGUGCGUCGACAUCUCGCGUUUUCGCGCCCUUCGCUCCAUCGACGUCAUGCAUGACAAGUUGGAUCCCCAGCAUCUCACUGCCGACAGCUGUCCCAACCUGCGCUACGCUUUCAUUUCCAAAAUUCCCGCCUCCGACAUGCCUAGCGUCGUUGCAUGGCUGAGCACGUCGCAGGUCCUCACCAACUUCCAGACGUGGACGAAGUUCGUGGACGACCGUGGUAUCGAGUCGAUCGCGGCCGCUUUGCCAGAAUGGCUUGCCCGAGGUCUGGAGCAGCUCAGCUUGGAUUUUGCUCCUCUGAACAAGCAGGGGCUCUUGCUCGUAACCCACGCAAUGACGACAAUGCGCAACAAUCCGAAGCGACUGAAAGUGAAGUUGGUUAUCACCAAACGAGCGCUGGACCUCGAAGAAACGCGCGCACUGUUCACCGCCGUCGGCUCGUCCCCGAACGUCACGUUGACCGUCAACGACGUCCUGAGCUACCCGCAAGCUGUGUUCCCAGAGCUGGCGGCGCAAGCCCGCAUCGAAACCGAUCAGUCCAAAGCUAUGUCGUAA